AUGGACAAUAAUAAUAAUAGUAAUACAGUUCUUAAAGAAGAGGUUGAUACAGUUGAAAAAGAAGAUGUUGAUGAUAUUAUAGAUAAAGAGUCUAAUGAACAACAACAUGAUGAUGAUGUUGAUAAAACAACUGAACCAGUAAAGGUUUCUGAAGCAGACUCUGAGGUCUACCUGCAGGGCAAAGAGUUGGUACAGCAAUCAAAGACACUGCUGGAUCAAAUCAAGGAGAUGGAGAGUGGAAAGGAUCUGUUCAAAGAGGGCAACGCCAUCGUAGAGGCAAUAGUCAAGCGAGAGGAAGCCAAACAGUUGAUGGAAAAGGGCAUGGCACUGCUCACACAGGUCAAAGAAAAUGACGACGCCAAGAAGAUAAUAGCAGAGUCCAAAGAGAUGGUUACAUUCUUCACCAACGAAGAGAAGGUCAAGAGUCUGCUUCAUGAGGGCAAGCAACUACUUGAGAACAUUAAAUCAAAGGAUGCAACAGUCACCAGGGAACAGGUAGAGUCAUUGUUCAAACAAGGCAGUACAUUGUUAAAGGACUUUAAGGAUAAUGAACAGAGCUCAUUAUACUUGGAGAAGAUGAAGAAGAUGUUCUUUGACCUCAAAGAGGAGGAGUCUACAAGAAUCAAGCUCAUGGCAGGACUUGAGGAAGGCAAGAAAUGGGUCGAGAACCUCAAAGCCAAUGAUCCCUAUAUCAAGUCAAUUGUAGAUGAAGGUGAACAGAUAUUCUUACAGUUGAAGAAUAGUGAGGAGUUCAACUCAUUGAUUGGUGAUGGCAAGAAUGUAUUGAUGGACUUCUUGACAGACGAGAACAAACACUUCUCGCGUGACUCUCCAGAGUUGUUGAGUUUGUUGCAGCGUGGUGGUAAACUUGCAUCCAAUGUUCAAGAGACACUCAAGUCCAACAAACUGGUUGGCGAACUGACAGAGAAGGAGGACUUUAAGAACAUCCUAGCCAAAGGCAACAAGUUUGUCUCUGAAGUCAAGUCCAAGCAGCAGUUAUUGGACUUCCUCAAACAGAACAAAGACUUCAUCAAGGAGAUUAAGAACACUAUUGUACCAUUUAUAACAGACCAAUUACUCAAGGUUCAGAUGCCUGUGGUCACUGGCAUCAACAAAGGAUUCAAUUAUGAGUUGUCAGACCUGAUAUUCGCUGGCCUGCGUAUCCUACCAGAGAAUGUAAACGUUGACUUUGAUGAAGUGAACAAGAGUAUAACAGUGGCAGUUAAUGACUUUACAGCGCAACUCAAGAACUUCUCUUGGAGUUACAAACAGGAUGGAUUCCCAUUCUUGAAGGAUACUGGAUUGGCAUCUGCAGAUGUACAGAAAGGAUGUUGUUCACUCUCAUUCGAGAUUGAUACUCGUCCUGAUACCAAUACACCAGAGAUCAAGAUCACUGAGAUCAAGUUUAUCCUUGAGCAUUUGGAGAUUGUAGUUGGCAAGGGAAAGGCUAAAUGGUUGUACAACUACUUGAUAUCAAAGUUCUCAGAGUCCAUCAAGAAUACGGUGGAGACAAAGAUCAAGAAUACGAUCAGUACACAUUUGAAUACGUUGACUGGAAAGAUCAAUACGGUGGUCGGUGAAUACUGGGAGAAGUUGAUGACCAAACUGAAGGGUUCACCAACAUCACCAAACAAGAUCCAAGAGCUUGAUGAUGCAAAUGCCAAUGCCAAUGGAGAAGGAGUACGUUCACCACUGGCCAUUGAGAACAUUAGUAGCAACAGCAAUCCAACAUCACCAAUUGUUCAGACCAACACCAAUCCAAUCACUGUUGGUAAUGCAUUAGACAGACUAGAUGUUGAACAACAGGGCCUCAUGAAGUAA